GGCAUGUCUGUGUGUCAGUUGUGAGGCAAUAUGGGCUGAGCUUCAACUUCCUCUCCUUUUCAGUGCAGUUACACCACUGCUGCUGCUUCUUGCUCGUGGACUUGGAGUGGCGCUCACUGCAGCUCACCCAACCAGAGCCUGAGCUGGGACUCCAAGCCUCUACUAAAAAGAUCCUUCUCUGGAGGAUCUCUAUGGAACAUGUGUUCUCUGCCACUCCGCUGACAAGCUGAGAUACACUCAGUCAGCAGGGUGCUCUGAGUGUGCGGAGGUCACCAUGGCAACUCUGCUGCAGGACUUGCUAAGUGGUUCGAGACAUGGACCCAGUGACAGUCUGGCCAGCACAUUCAGGUCCUGUGCCAGAAACCCAAGUGAGACCAUCUCCACUAGACUGAGAGGCAUGCUGGACACGUUCUACCAGCACUACAAGGAACCAGGGGAAGAGAACUGUUAUCUGGACAGAGAGAGAGGAGUGAGGUUCUCCCACCAGGCAGGGGCUCUGUACUACAGGGUUCUCGAGGCUGUCAUCAAUCAAGAGAGGUUGAGGCUGAGGGCCAAGGAUCUCUCAGGGAUUCUGGAGCAUGACCUGUUCCAGCGCUCUCUAGUGGCCUGUUGCCUGGAGAUGGUCAUGUUUUCCCAUCAGCCAACAGACAGUUUCUGUUUUCCCUUGGUCAUCGAAAUCUUCAGCCUGGCUCCAUACUACUUCUACAAGGUGAUUGAGCCAGUUCUGCGAGCUGAGGAGGGCUUGCCCCCACGUGUGGUCAGACACCUGAAUGAUAUAGAGGAGCAGGUCCUGGAGAGCCUGGCCUGGAGGAGAGACUCUCCACUGUGGGAAAACAUCAGAAAUACCCAAGAGCACGUACCAGCCUGCCAACAGGUGAUGCCACCACAAUACCUAGAGGACACAGACAAGGAGAGCAAGGCAUCUGCUAACCCUUCACACCCGACCCCAAGCUGUGUGAGUGGUCCCCAUGGAGACCGCCUCAACUCCCCUAUCACCCUGGACGAUCGCUACGGCUCACCUCCUGUUGGCUCCGACGUAGUCGUUGGGUGUGCCACACCAGUCAGGCCACCGCCGCCCCCCUCCGUCAUAGUGACCGCAAAGACUGUGGUCACCGUGGCAUCAGCCACAGUCACAACCAACAACGGCCAGUCGGUCACCAUACCUGUUCAAGGCCUUGUCAAUGACCGGGGUGGCAUUACAUUGAUCCCAGUGCAUCUCAGCAUUGUACGUCAGCCCGUUCAUCUACAGCAGAUGUCCAGCGCCAGCAAACAGCAGCCCCAGGCCUCGGUUCCAAAUAAACCUCAGAGGGGCGGCUCUCUUUCACUGUUCCUCCGCAAGGUCUACCACCUGGCGAGCAGGCGUCUCAGAGACAUCUGUGUUAAACUGGGAAUCUGUGAGGAGCUACGGCUGAAGAUCUGGACCUGCUUUGAAUACGCCCUAGUUCACUGCACCGACCUGAUGCUGGAUCGACACCUGGACCAAAUACUCAUGUGUGCCAUCUAUAUAAUGACCAAGGUAACCAAAGAAGACAUGACCUUCAAGCAUAUCAUGAAGUGCUACAAGGCUCAGCCUCAUGCAAGUAAAAGUGUAUAUAGGAGUGUUCUCAUAGGCAGAAACACAAGCAGUUCACAAAAUUCUCCUGGAGGAUUAAGCAGGGAAAACAACUCUGAAGACUCUAGCAGUAGCUUGCUUAUCUCCCAGGCCCCUCCAACACAACCUACAGUGCCCAGAACUCUAUUUAGACCAGGCCAGGAAGAGAGAGGACAUCUGAUCUGCUUUUACAACAUCGUCUUUAGCAAACAGAUGAAACACUUUGCCCUGCGCUACUCCCUCAGCUCUCUGACCACAGCUGGGGUUGAAACCCCUCCUCUUUCGCCAUACCCCUGCCAAUGUAUUGGAGCCCCGCGCAGAUUCCGCCCUCACAACCACCAUUCCCUUUACAUCUCCUCUUACAAGCCCAGCACGCCCCCCUCCACUCCACACUCCCCCUGCCCUGGGGUCCUUUACUACAUCAGCAGGAGCCCCUCAGAGCGCCUGCAAGAGAUCAACAACAUGAUCAGGACAGGCGUGUCUUCCACUAAGCGCGGUAGAACCCAGCAUGAGGAGGGUGAGGAGGAUUGUGGUCCGCUGGUGAAGAGACCCUGUCAGAAGAGGCCGUCAGCCUGGCAGCGACGUCUCAGGGACAUGGUUAAUGUCCAAGCCCGGAGCAGGGCGCAGAACCAGCAACACGCCCAGUCCAGUGCCAAAGCACAGCACUAGACAACAGCAACACAAUGGGACACAUUCAUGCUAUGUCACUUACUUUGUCUUACUGUCAUGUGUCAUAUUUUCGCCUUCCGUUAGCACCAAGGCUUCCGUAAGAAAAACCUGUUGCCAGACAAUGUGACUGGCAGCAUUUUAUUUUCCAGAAUUAUUUUGCCAAGAUGGAUAAAACUGUUGGAAAGACGUUCUUACAACAUAACAUUAUAUUGGAGGCACCCCAAAAAAUCCUAUUGCAUAGUCACAGCCAAAUCAUACAUUUUUAAUAGAGAAAUACACAUAUAGCCUACACAGCAAUAAAUACAAGCUGUUUGAAUUUUACAUACAUACAGCUAUUUGUGUAGGCCAAUGUAAUGCAUUUAGUCUAGAACAAAUUGAAAAUCAAACCAACAAUUGCCUGAAAAACAGGGGCAGCAUCAAACCCAGCUUUUGGGUAUCAGGAUGUUUUUUGUUUAGCCAGGAGUGUCUUGCAAGCUAGAAAUGAACUCUGCUGGUGUUAUUAAACGUACGCAACGGGACAGGAUGAGUGCUUUGUUUUCACACCAUGCACUAGCUUGGCAUAUCAGCGCCUGUUCAAGGUGAGCUACUGCUGUUGUGAAAUAGAAACUACCUAAUUCUUUCGAGCACCAUGCGAUGGCUGAACCGUCGUCAACGUUAGACCAUUGGACACGACUCGCAGAAAGUUUGCUGAACAUUUUGGGCAGCAACGCAAUUAUCCAGAAUGCAUUGAUUCUCUACAGAUGUGGCAUGCCGCUUUUAUCAAAAUAGAGAAUAAUUUCCGCUGAGCUUAUUAUGUGUCAAUUAUAGGCAACCAAAUAUUAACUAGCUAGCUGCUUGCUAACCUAACCAUAUGUUUUUUUAGACUUAAUAGACUUUUAUUGUCUUGAGGUCAGAAUGGCCCAAUCGUCCCUUAUCAGUCCCAUUUUCUCAUGAGAAUUCAACACAAUAAAGAUUGUGAAAACAGGUUACAUAACAUGCUUUAUUACAAGCCCUUUACUUUGGACUAUGUAGUUCCUAAUUUCAAUCCGUUAUGAUAUUAAACACAAUUCCAUACAUUUCUAUUA